AUUCUUCGGCUUUUCAGCCAAUGAGCAGCUUUACCUGCCCAGUCUCUGUCCAAUGGAAAGGAGCCCAGAGUCUCUUCUUGCCUGCCUUUUCCGGCCAUAUCGCACGCGGCGAUUGGGUUUUUGAGCGAACAUUUUGGCACGGGAGGCAUCCAAUAGGGACGAUAGAGAGCUCCUGAUCCUCCUCCGAUCCCUGCCCCCAAUCCCCGCCCCCAAUCCCCGCCCCUUUCUUCCUCAUCCCCGUUACCCUGGAAUCUGCUGUAAAUAUCUCGGGACGCGGCCGUGGUGUUGCGGCUCCUUUAAGUGGGGUCUCUGACUGCAACCGUCUGGCUCGUGCAGGGGAUUUGUACAGCCCGAGGAGGCAGGUACACUGGAGUUUUUAAGAUGUCCCGAGAUGCUUGGCUAUUAAUCUGUUGUGAAGUGUGGCCUGAGUCCUCUGGGGAAGUUACUAUGACAACAAAAUGCCUUCUGAAGACAAGACCUUUAUAGUCUUUUCGGUAUCCCACUCCCCAGAACUAAUAGAAAGAAACAUGCAUUCUGAAUGACAACGACUGACUGCCAAAGCAAAAGCCAACAGCCUUUCUUAUGAAUGUAGGGUAAUGAUGAACUGGCAAGCAGCCUGCCAGCAGUUCUACCCGUGACUGUGCAAGCCGCCUUCUGGCAAAUGAAUAUUCCUUGAGGAAAGGCCUUGAACAUUCUUUUUAUUUAGAAUGGGUGAAAGAGGAAGGAGUCUUGAUUCUGGACAUAACAGAAAAUCAGACAGUGAUAAAAGCAGUAAUUCUUACUAUUCUGAUGACGAUUCAUCUCGUGCCUCUGAUCACUCACCAACAAUAAGCACUCAAUCUGUAAACACUGGAGAAAAAAGUAAUAAAGCACAGAAUUUGAAAAGCCUUCCACAUUACCAAGGCACUAAGCAAAUUGCCUCUAAAUACGCACCCAGCAAAAGAGGGAUCCGCUGGGGUUUUCGCUCCCAGAGUCUCAACAGGGAGUCUCCUGCCAAAGAUAUCAGUCUAGUUACAAAAAGAGUCCUUUCUGCUAGGUUGCUGAAAAUCAAUGAGCUUCGUAAUGAGCUAACAGAACUGCAUGUCAAGCUUGAUGAGCUGCAGAAAGAAAACAGGGUACUCAAGCGGCUUCAAUACAGACAUGAGAAAGCUCUCCAUAAGUUUGAAGACACAGAAAAUGAAAUCUCUCAACUCCUGGCACGGCAUAAUGAUGAGAUGAGAAUAUUGAGGGAGCGCUUAAGAAAAUCACAAGAAAGAGAACAAAUAACAGAGCGAAAGCUGAGGGCUUCAGAGGAGGAGCUGUACAAGGCCAAAAGUAACUUACAAAAAUUGAGAAGACUUGCUGAAGACAGGCACCUCCCUGAACGUGAUGAGCUGGCUAAGAAGUUAGCAUUAGCAGAAAACAGGCUGGAUGACACUGAGAAGAGAAUUAAGGACUUGGAGAAGAACCUUGACCUUAGUAAUAGUAGUUUCCAAAGACAAUUGCAUUCUGAGAAAAAGAAAUUAUGUGAAGCUCAGGAAGAAAACAAAGUUCUCCAAGAGGAAGUCCAACGGCUAAGUCAAAAAUUAAAGGAAAAAGAAAGAGAACUAGAUGCAAAAAAUAUAUAUGCUAAUCGAAAGUUAAAACCUUCACCCAAAAAAGAUGUUGAUAUUGCACCAAGAAAAAAAGCAGCUGAUAAGAAUACUAAAAGAGAAGUACAGAUAACAAAAGGAGUACAGACCACUGGAUACAUUUCUCCAGUAGAAUUUCCUUUACCACCAGACUUCAUUUCUGAUGAAACACCAGAGGAAAAGGAAGAUGAUGCACAUCUCAGAAUGGAACAGGCAGUUAAAGACUGGAAAGAACAAGCAGAACAUUUCAAGGAAGAACAGAGCAGAGAAAGAGAAGAGAGACUAAAAAGUGACCAAGAGCUGCAAGCAUUGGAAGAGAGAGCCAAAAAACUAAGAGAUGAAUGGGAGAAGGAGGAAUCUGAGAGAAAGAAGAAGGAAAAUACUCUUUUGCUGGGAAAAGAAGAAAAAGUAAAGAUGGAAACAGAAGUAUAUAGCUUAGAAAAUGGGAUGCAAAAUAAUGGAAGAAUAGAAGAGGAAAGACGGAAGGAAAUUCUGCUUACUAAGAUGUAUGAAAUUGACAGAGAAACCCAAAUCAAUACAAAGGUUGCUUCCCAAGAGCACACUUUGGAGAUGGUAACUAUACCUUAUUCCUUGGAAAAAAAUAAGAGACCAUUCCAGUGCUCGGAAACAACUGAGAAAUUAUUCAACGGUUUUCUGGAAUAUGAUCAGCACAGUAGUAUGGUUACAAAAGGAGAAAUCCAGAAAUGGCAAAAUACAGAGGCCACAUGUUCAAGCAAUGAUUUAACAUUUGGUAGCUAUGUACCUUCUUUUGGGAAAGUGUCAGGGAGGCCGAGCUGGCUUAAUCAAAAAAGUGACUUCCUCGAUGAACCCACUAAGGAAGAUGUAGGGCUCAACACUAAGCGAGAGAAAAAGUCCAGUUUAAUGGAGCAGCUGUUUGGAAGCAAUGCCAACACUAUCACUGCACCUAAGAAAAAUGAUUUGGGUCCUUUUGGACAAGACAGUGGUACAAAUGAUGGUUUUCAGGAUAAAGGUUCCACAGUCAAAGUAAAAGAGGACAGUGAUCUGUUCUUUAGUGAAGGAAAGAACUUUAACCCGAAAAGGCACCGAUUGCAGCACACCGCAAAUAGACCCGCAGUUAAGGCUCUUGAUUUCUUGGAAGAUGAAAUUGAGGAAGUUCUAUUGCAGUGAUUAUAUUCUGUAAAACUCAGUGUGUGUAAAUAGUACAUGUAUUUAUGAUGUUAUUUAUAGUCUUAAAAACAUUUCAGAUGUCUUUAUAAAUACAAAGCGAUUAAAAUAUAAGUGCAGAUAAAUUGGGAUAUAUAGCCUGAUGAGUCAUCAAGAAGGCAGCUCUUUAACGAGUGUCCUAAGCAAUUAAAAGUGGUGACAGUUAUAGGUAUAACAAGCUGUAGGGAUUUCUAAGUAUGAUCCCACCCAGUCUACGUGACUGUGUCUCCCUCACCCUAAAUGUCUUCAUUCUGUAAACAGAAUAAUUUCCCUCUCUACUUAGACGCCAGAAUUUCUGUUGAUAUUUUUCAUCCUUAAAUGAACACAACUCAGUGAUACAAUGCUAACAAAUGAGUUGGACUGCUCUUGCAUGACACCAUUUUAAUACUGUGUUUUGCAUGUGGCCACAAAAAGAAAUUGCCAAGAGUCCUUUCUUUUCUAGCAAUGGAGAAAAGGUAGCUUCCUCUACUACUCUUCUUUAAAUUGUCUCUCUGGGGCAUGGCAAAAGACAUUAAUGACCUUUACGAAUGGGGUCUCUGUUAUGGGGAAUCUUCUCAAGUGUGCAGAGUUAGGCAAUAGAUUCAGAAAAAAAGGCUAGGUUGCCCCUUUUGCCUUCUCCCAAGUUGUAUAGUUUCAAUACAUCACAGGUUCAUUGCAAAUAUUUUGUUGAACUAAGACAUGAGAACAAUACAAAGGAGAUGGCCGAAUGGGUUUAUAUGUAUUAUGGGGACUUAUCAACCAAUCAACUUGUUAUUCUAGUCUUGCAUAAUAAGCUUAUUUUCCUGGGAAAGGUAAUACUGAAGCUAUUUUAUUGUUGAUAGAAUUGGAUCUGAAUUUCUCAUUCAGUAAAAUAGAAUGUAGGACUUGACUGAGCACUAAAUAACUUCAUAAUUUGUCAUCUUGUACCUUCUGUUGGAAUGUGUAUGAGAAAACUGUUUGUGAAGUAAAAAAAAAGUGUGCCCUGUUUAAGGUUAUGGAAGUUAACCUAGCACUGGCUUAAUUUGUCAUCAGUGACAACUGUUAUAUAUCAUUCCAGUUCCAUUAACAAGCCUACUCUAUAGUAAAUGGUUUGUAGAUUACAGCCAUGAAGCAUAAUCCACUUAAUGAACUGGGCAUAAUUCACCAAGUGAAUUUAGUGAAUCUUUGUGCUUGUGCAGAUGUUUCUAGUAGAUUGUGCUGAAUGUCUCUUCCUAUUGGCUUUGAAUUAAACUUUAUGGAUGAUACCCAGUUUAUCCACUGACAACAGAGCAUCAGUCAGUGGAACUGGAAGGGAGGCAAAUUUUGGUAAUCCCCUACCUUUCUGUAGUCCCCAGCACUCUGUGUAAAUAUGUUCCAGAGGAUCGUCCAAGUCUCCAGAGCAGACUUAAAGAGGACAUUGAAGGAGAGGCACAGGGGGAUGCUGAAAAUUGCCCCCCUUCCCUUUCUGCUAAUGGAUUCCCUUCCAUCAGCAGACAGACAGCCUGCAAUGCUAUAGUGGAAAAUAAUAUUGGAGCAAAUAAAAUUGUUUUGUUUUUAAUAGUUAAUUUUUGUCCAGUUUAAAAACCCAUUCUUGAAUGUAACAAAUUACAGGAGACUACUGAAGAUUUAGUAAUAUGACUGGUAAAAAUGUGCAUUUGGCUAUAUCACUUAGCUGUAAUUGCAGUUCUUUUGAAGUGUAAAAUCAGUUUAUACUACUUAUAUGGGACAUCUUGAACGGAUGAUAUCGAAAAACAUGAGCAAAAGAAUUGGCUAGCAGCUAUCCAGGUCUCUGGACUUACACUUUUGUCCAGCUGAAACAGAGCACCAACUUCACAACACUUUCUGGCUGUUUUUAUUUUAAAGGCAAUAGACAAUUGUCCCAAUCUAGGGAAUGUAGUUCAGAUGAAUCAGUUCCACAUAAAGCACAAAAAGCUGUUGAAAGAUUAAAAAAUGACAUAUUCACCUUGGGGUGUGUGUAGAACUGUGCCAUCCUGAAACUUUUUACUGCAGUGGGAUUCUCGUGAGACUUCAGGAGCAGUUGUGCUUAAGUUUCCUAUUGAUGAGAACUAGGAUGCUUUAGCCUCUGAUGGCAAGGAGACAGCAACAGAGAUGAAAACUAGGUACCUUUAUAGCCCUGCUUCUCUGGUAUCCAUCCCAUCUAAACAUGUACUUCAUGUUAUCAGUGACUUUGCUGGUUAUCUCAUAGGUGGGUCAAGGAAUCCUGAAGAAUUGCUCAUAGAUGCACAAUAGGAAUACUGGUGUUCUAGAAUGAGGUUAAAGGUGAUGGGGGGAAAAACAAGCUCUUGCUUACUACAGAAUCAAAUUAAGAAACAUUUCUACA